CUUCCGCGAUCCGCAAAACAAACCUCUAUCAGUUCAACAUGAAUCUCGCGGUCGCGUUCAGGAUCGGUAUCGUACUCGUUGUGAUCUCUCCUUUCGGCUCAAUCGAGACGCAACAACUCGGUUGUGGAGUAAGGCAGAUCAAAACGCGCUCUCUCAUCACCAGUGGGACUGCAGUUCAACCUGGUGAUUAUCCAUGGCAUACGGCCAUCUAUCAGCUGGCGCCUUCCCGGCAAUACAUCUGCGGUGGAACUUUGGUGGGUCAGAGUGUGGUUCUGACUUCGGCCCAUUGCGCCACGAUUCCUGGCACGGGGACUCCCCGAUCGGUCAGUGAUUUGGCGAUCCGAGUGGGGAAACAUUUGAUGAGUAAGGUUUCCGACUCGGAACAGGAACACGGAAUCAGUAGUAUAAUCAUCCGUCAGGGCUUCAACGGACAACGGCACGAUCACGACAUCGCUCUUCUGAUUACCGUGCAACCGGUAAAGUAUGGAAAGUUUGUGCAACCAGCCUGUUUACCCACAUUUUCGCUGAUUUCCGACACAACGGUUGGAACAAUUGUGGGUUGGGGCUAUACGGAGAAGAAUAAGGUUUCCGAUGUGCUUCGAUCCGCACGAGCCCCAGUUGUGUCCAGAGAUGUCUGUACCCGAAGCAAUCCGGAAGCAUUUGGUACCACUCUGACUGAGGAUAUGUUCUGUGCAGGGUUCCGAAAUGGGACCAACGCAUGUAAUGGCGACAGUGGAGGAGGAUUUUUCCGAAACGUCAACGAUCAUUGGUUCCUGUUGGGGAUCAUUUCAUUCACGGCUGCUAAAUCCUCGGACGAUGGAUUGUGCAGUUCCAGGGAUUAUUCGGUAUACACAGAUGUUGUCAAGUAUAAGCGGUGGAUUCGUAGUAACUCAAAUUCAUCCUUCGGAAACCUUUGUCCGGACACGCGACAACCAGUGAAGUAUAAAAAGCAAUACUUUGUGCACAACAACCGGGAGGUGAACUUUCACACGGCAUGGCGAUUGUGUCAGAGUUAUGGGCAUCGUUUGGCCACCAUCACAUCGGAAGAAGAUUCCCAGUUGAUAGAACAAGCUAUCGCCAAAUCGAACAAUCAGAAAGGUCCCUGGUUCAUCGGGGGAACCGAUCUGGGUAGCGAGGGACACUUUAUCUGGAUUUCCACCAACAAACCGGUCGGUUAUUUGUCCGGUUAUUUUAAUUAUUCACCGGGGCAGCCGGACAAUGCCGGAGGAAACGAAAACUGUCUGGAGAUCGGGCGCUGGGGUGGAGUGGUCUGGAAUGAUGUGCCCUGUGACUGGAAUCAGCGCUACAUUUGCGAGUUUGUUCGACCGGAAUAUUGAACUAGAUGGAGCACAAAACUUGUACAUAGGUGUUCGACAAAUCUAAAUUUAAGGAAACCAAAACUGUGAUUUUUUUUCAUUGGCGUCAAUCAUGAAUACUAUUGUAAUCAUCUUGUGCUAUUUUGCAACAUUCGUUUGAAAUAAAUACAUCGUUGUACAAAUAAAAGGAUAAAGAAGGAAAAUAUGAAAUUUUGGAUCCCUGAUCACAAGUUUAAAAUUACAGUAAAUUUACGAGUUACAUUUAAAAAAAAUAUUAAAAAAUGUUACAAUACACAUGAAAUACAGUGUGGCACGUGAAAGUGAUGCAAAUUCUUUAA